AUGGAGGAGGCCACCAGGCUUCCGACACAGAAGGCUGACGACAUUGAGGUCUACAGUACCAAGGUCAGCUGCAAGGUGACCUCCCGCUUUGCUCACAAUGUUGUCACCACGAGGGCCGUCAACCGGGCAGAUGUCGCCAAGGAGGUUUCCUUUGACGUGGAGCUGCCCAAGACCGCUUUCAUCACCAACUUCACGCUGACCAUCGACGGUGUUACCUACCCUGGUAAUGUCAAGGAGAAGGAAGUCGCCAAGAAGCAGUAUGAAAAGGCUGUGUCCCAGGGCAAGACAGCUGGUUUGGUCAAGGCCUCUGGGCGGAAGUUGGAGAAAUUCACGGUGUCAGUCAAUGUGGCUGCGGGCAGCAACGUCACGUUUGAGCUAACCUACGAAGAGCUGCUGAAGAGGAACAAGGGCAAGUACGAGAUGUAUCUUAAGGUCCAGCCCAAACAACUGGUCAAGGACUUUGAGAUCCAGGUAGACAUCUUUGAGCCCCAGGGCAUUAGCAUGCUGGAUGCUGAGGCCUCAUUCAUCACCAAUGACCUGCUGGGAAGCGCCCUCACCAAGUCCUUCUCAGGGAAAAAGGGCCAUGUGUCCUUCAAGCCCAGCUUGGACCAACAGCGUUCAUGCCCAACCUGUGGAGACACGCUCCUCAAUGGAGACUUCAUCAUAACCUACGAUGUGAACAGAGAGUCUCCAGCUAACGUGCAGAUAGUCAAUGGCUACUUUGUGCACUUCUUUGCCCCUCAAGGCCUUCCUGUGGUGCCUAAGAAUGUGGUCUUCGUGAUUGAUGUCAGCGGCUCCAUGUCUGGCCGGAAAAUAGAGCAGACAAGGGAUGCCCUCCUCAAAAUCCUGGAGGAUAUAAAAGAGGAGGACUACCUGAACUUCAUCCUGUUCCGUGGAGAUGUGACCACUUGGAAAGACACUUUAGUUCAAGCCACUCCUGAGAACAUCCAGGAGGCCAGGGAGUUUGUGAAGAACAUGAGAGCAAACGGAGUGAAGGGUCUGAAUUAUAACUUCCUGGAAAGCUUGGCCCUGGAGAACGAUGGGUUCGCCCGGCGCAUUUAUGAGGAUUCCGAUGCCAACUUGCAGCUGCAGGGCUUCUAUGAGGAGGUGGCCAACCCGCUGCUGACGGGAGUGGAGGUGGAGUACCCUGAGAACGCUAUCCUGGACCUGACCCAGAACACUUACCAGCACCUCUAUGAUGGCUCUGAGAUCGUGGUGGCUGGGCGCCUGGUGGACGAGGACAUGAACAACUUUAAGGCAGAUGUGAAGGGCCACGGGGCGCUCACUGACCUGACCUUCACAGAGGAGGUGGACUUGAAGGAGAUGGAGAAGGCCCUGCAGGAGCAGGACUACAUUUUCGGGAGCUACAUUGAGCGGCUCUGGGCCUACCUCACCAUUGAGCAGCUGCUGGACAAACGCAAGAACGCCCAUGGUAGCGAGAAGGAGAACCUCACAGCCCAGGCCCUGGACCUGUCCCUCAAGUACCACUUUGUGACUCCACUGACGUCCAUGGUGGUGACCAAGCCUGAGGACAGUGACAACCAGAUGGCUAUUGCUGACAAGCCUGGGGAAGCCAGCUACCAGCCUCCUUCUAAACCCUACUAUUAUGUGGACGGAGACCCCCACUUCAUCAUCCAAGUCCGAGGGAACAAGGAUGCCAUCUGCUUCAACAUUGAUGAAGAACCAGGCACAGUGCUGCGCCUCAUUCAGGACCCCGUUACAGGCUUAACAGUAAAUGGGCAGAUCAUUGGUGACAAGGGAAACAGCUCUAACUCUAAGAACAGAAAGACUUACCUUGGCAAAGUGGGCAUUGUCAACGCUCCGAUGGACUUCCGGAUAGAGGUGACCACAGAGAAGAUUACUCUGCAGAAUGGGGCUGCACAGAGUACUUUCAGCUGGCUGGAUACAGUCACGGUCACCUCGGAAAGGUUCUCUGUGAAGAUCAGCAGGGAGGCUCUGGUGGUCUCCUUUGGAAAAGGGAUUGCCUUUAAGGUGGUUCUGCACCAGGUGUGGAAGAAACAUCCCGUCCACCUUAACUAUCUGGGCUUCUACGUGCUGGACAGUGGCAAGAUGUCAACAAAGUCACAGGGGCUGCUGGGACAAUUCUUCCGCCCCCUUGCUUUUAAAGUGUCUGACUUCAACCCAGGCAAUGAGCCCUCAAAGAUACAUGCCACAAUGCUGGUGAAGCAACAUCGGCUGGCAGUCACCAGGGGCUCCUAGAAAGACUACAGGAAGGAUGUCCAUAAUGGCACACAUGUGGGCUACUGGUUCGUCCACAACAAUGGCCAAGGGGUGAUUGACGGAGUCCACAGCGACUACAUUGUCCCUGCCCUGUUCUGA